AUGCCCGGCCUCAGCCUGCCCCUGGGGGCCGUGAGGCCCGGAGCCUCGAAGAGCCCGCAGGCCACUCCGCCCGCCAGCCCCGCUCGCAGCCUCCCGGGCACUCUGCUGCCCUUGACGGGCCUUAGGGGCAGCUCCCCGGGCGUGAGCCCCUCCAAAGGCGAGCCCCUCCCUAGCCCCCCGAAGUCUCCCCAGCCGACCCCCAGCUUCGACCUGAAAGCCUUGAUCCCGGAUCACCUGGACGAAGACAUCUUCGCAAGGUACGACUUCGAUGACAAGGAGCUCGGCGUCGGGGGCUUCGGAAGCGUCUACUUGGCCAAGGACCGUAAGAUGGCCGACCGCCAGGUGGCCAUCAAAAAGGUGAUGCUUGACGGGGAUAUGAGGCAGAACUUCCAGCAAGAAGUGAGGAUCAUGAAGGAGUUGGACCACCCCAACAUCUGCCGGGUGUACGAAAGCUACGACCACGGCCGCCACGUGUUCUUCGUGAUGGAGUAUUGUGCCGGCGGCGAUUUGUUCGACCGCAUUUUAAGGCAGGGGGGCAUCUCUGAAGCAGAAGCUGCGGAGAUCCUGCGCCAAGUUGCGGGGGCACUGAAGCACGCCCACGAGAAGGGGGUCGCUCACCGGGACCUGAAGCCGGAGAACGUCUGCUUCUGCUCCGAGGACAUGCAGGAUACGCGCGUGAAGGUCAUUGACUGGGGCCUGGGCUUCUACUUCAGGCGCUCCCGGAUGAACACGGCGGUCGGAAGUGGUGCCUAUGCCGCCCCAGAAGUCCAACGCCCGGUUGGAGGUGGUGCCUACACCAGCGCGUGCGACCUCUGGAGUUUGGGUGCGAUGGCGUGCGUCAUGCUCUCAGGAGAGCCCCCCAACUACGGCGGGAAUGCUUUCGAUGAGCAGCAUGACUUUGCGCCGCAUGGGCCAAUAUGGGAGAAGAUGUCCUCCGACGCACGAUCACUGGUCACUUCCCUGCUCAAGUGGGAUCCGUCCCAGAGGCCGAGCGCGGACCAGGUCCUGAACCAUGCGUGGUUGAGGACCUACGACGAGCAGCCCAGCAUCAUGAGCUCCAAGACGGAAGUCCUCAAGAACCUGCGUCGAUUUAGCAACAACUCCACCUUCCUCUCGCUGUGCGCUGCCUCGGUGGCCCAGCAGCUCUCCCGGCGUGGCCUAAAGGAGCUAGAGCAGGUCUUCAAGGAGCUCGACGCCAAUGGCGAUGGCAUCCUUGAGCUGCACGAGGUGCGAGCGGGAUUCCAGCAAAUCCUGGGCCGCGGAAGCGCGCCAUUGGAAGAAAUCGAGGAGAUGUUCUCGCGCCUGGACAUAGAUGGGUCCGGAGCCAUCGAUUACACCGAGUUCUUGGCCGCUGGCAUGGGCAACAGGGUCAAUAGCGAGGUGGAGGCCUUGUGGGCGGCCUUCAAGGCUUUCGACGUGCAUGAGUCGGACGGCAACAUCACAGAGGCAGAGAUUGCCCACGUUCUGUUCGAAGCAGGUGCAGGUCGCGUGUGGUCCGCGGAGAAGUGCCAGGAGCUUGCACGAGAAGUCGUGCAACAGUUCGAUCGUAGCUCGGAAUCGGUUUACGACUAA